UUUAAUUGCGAACGGUACGGGACGGUUUUAAUGCAACUGAAAAUUUUCAAAUGAAUGUGAAAUAAAUGUGCGUUGAUUUAUUAUGGUAAAAAAUAUCAGUUUUUGAUGUUACCAAAAUGAAAAAUGAAAAUUCGAAAGCAAAUUUAAAAUGUGACAAUGUUGUGCCAUCCAAACUAAUGGUUGAACCAAUUUGAGAAAAAUUCGGCAACUUAUUAAUUUCCAUGAAAAUUCAAAAAUGUUAAACCCAGGUGGUCGAAAUUAAUUAAUUUUUAUUUUCAAUUAAUGCCAACCAAGUUUACGGUAUCAUGGUGUACCGUAAUCCAUCCACAACAGUGUUCAUUUCUUUAAAAUAUGUUAAAUCAUUGCAGCUCGAUAUAUUUCACACUUUUGUGCUAAAUUUGAUGAACACGCUUCCAAGGCGAAUGUAAAUCGGUCACACCAUAUUAUCAUUACACAGCACAAACUGUCUGUGAAUUAUUUUAAUCGGUGAAUUGCAUUAGAAAACAAUAUUGUUCCCAUCGGGAUAUUGCUGUAGUGCACGUUACACGAAUUUAUAGAGUGAAACAGUAAUAGAGUUCGGUUUUGUGAUUCUGUAAUUGCCAAGUGUUUGGUGUUUAAAUACUGCAAUAGGGAAUUUAAAGUAGACUCCGAGAGAAGGGUCAUCAGGAUCAUCAACUUCACUACUGGAUACUGGUCAAAAUAAAAUCGAAAGGAGUGCAUCAAUUCAAUUUACAUCGAGCACUGAAUUUGUGUUGUUUUACCCCGUAGAGUUUGUGUAUAUCAAAGGUUUUCCGUUACAAAGAACGAUUUCAAUUUAUGCAACAUAUGUGAAGUUAACACAGUGAACUAAUGUUUCGAGCACAUUAAACAUCGUAGAUUGAGUAAAAUGAAACUGUUUGAUCUAUUUUUUCAGUGAAUAUUAGUGCUUUUUGUGCAUUGUAUGUGCAUUACGUAAAAAGCAAGAGCAAACAAAGCGGCACCAUGGUAAGCAAAGCAAUGGCAUCGAUGUCGCUUUUAUUAACUACUAUUGUGCUGACAACAAAAUGUCGACAAGCAAAUUCAAAUACACCAGCAGUUCGACUUCCACAUUUUGCGGGACCUAUAGUAAAUGUAUCGUUCCCUGUCGGUAGAGAAGCUGUUUUGACUUGUAACGUUGCAAAUCUUGGGGGUUUUAAGGUCGGAUGGCUGCGGGCAUCGGAUCAAACAGUUUUAGCUCUGCAAGAGCGUGUUGUGACACACAACGAACGAAUAACUAUAACACACGAAGACUUUUCCACAUGGCGAUUGCGCAUCAAACAAUUACGUGAAACUGAUAGAGGUUGUUACAUGUGCCAAAUAAAUACGCUAAAAAUGAUAAAACAAGUUGGAUGCAUUGAUGUACAAGUACCACCGGAUAUACUCAGCGAUGACUCAUCAACGGAUGUAGCCGUACAAGAGGGAGACGAUGCCAUAUUAACAUGUCGGGCAACAGGAAAUCCACCUCCACGAGUGAUAUGGCGACGCGAGGACGGUCAUCCAAUUCUCAUAAGAAGGCAGGGUAUUCGUGAGAUGCAAAGAGUUGAUUCGUAUAACGGAACUGAAAUGCGCCUGGCCAAAUUGGAACGGCGACAGAUGGGAGUUUAUUUUUGCAUCGCAAGCAAUGAAGUACCACCGGCAAUUAGUAAACGAGUCUCCUUGAGUGUACAUUUUUCACCAACGGUUCAAACGCCAAGCCAACUCUUAGGUUCACCUUUCGGGUCCGAUGUGGAAUUGGUUUGUAAUGUGGAAUCAUCACCUAUACCAGUAUUUUACUGGCUACGAGGCUCUCGCCAGCGGUACGACGGUACUGGUUCGGUCAAUUUGGAAUUGGGACAUUCAAGGAACGAAAUGCUGUUGGAUGGGCCAAAAUACUCGAUACUAGAAGAUCGGGAUGGUUAUAAAGGUUUAAUGACGUUACUUAUUAGAUCGUUUUCUGUUAGCGAUGUUGGAACAUAUCAUUGUGUUGCCACCAAUUCACUGGGCAAAGCCGAAGGCACCAUCAGAGUAUAUGAUUAUGUUAGCUCGGAGGGACGAGCACCAGUGGAUAGCGAUGUGAUAAAUAAUAUGGGCGGUUUAGCUGAGGCAGCUAGAGGUCGUGCUAAUUCGAGUGCCAAUUCGCAACAACUUAUGGCAACAAAAACAGCAAUUCUGCUACUGACAUCCCUUGGAGUAUUUUUAACCACUUACAGAUGAUAGCUCAGAGAAAGUUAAAAUAGAAUUUCUAUAUUAUAUGUCUGAUGACACACAGACUAUACGUUUAGCGGGAUAUGUUUCGGAAAAAAGUUUUGUUUUCUAUAUUUUUUGUUGGGUGAACUGAAUGUGUGUGUGUGUGGUAGCAGCAUUUCGAACAAAAAUCUCCGAACAGCUCUAAUUGUGAAAAGUGAAAUACUGCAAAGAACUACGUGUGAAAAUGAACCAAAUAUCGACCCAGUAAUACUGAUAAAGAUCUUAAUCUGUAUUGGUAAUUACGUAAGUCCCCACUACGCUAUUCAAUUUUUAAAUUUUAAGUAACCCAAUAAUAUUUGCUAUGACAAUUUUACUUUUAAUACCAAUUUAUAAACAAAAAAAGAGAAUUCAACGUCUGAAGUCUGAAUUUAAACACAAUAAUCUUAAAACAGUCACUCAAUCUACGAAUCUGGAUUUUAUUUCUAUAGGAUACAUAGCGGUUCUUGCAAAUGUUUCACUCGGACACAAAGAAAAUUCAUUUUUUUACGAUUGCCAACAAAAUGUGAAACCAUUGAGAUAUUUUAGAGUGUCUUUGAAUGCUACUUCUUUCACAAGAUCCAUUAGUUUUGUUUUGUUUAGUUGAAACUCGGUCCAUUCAUGUUGUUUUUGAACAGGUGCAAUGUAUCAAAAAAGUGGUUUUUGGUUGUAACGUACUAUGGACCAUUUGCACGACAACAGUUUUUCAUUUUCCACAUUUUUCCACAUACACUAAGCCUCACCACUUUAUAAUUUCGCAAUACUUUGUUUCACACGGUGAACUUAAUAAAAUUGAUCUCGACACAAAUCAUGUCCCUUGCUUCCCAGUGCAAAACUUGUUAAUUUUGUAAACCUACUGGAACGAGAAAAAACACUAAUCAAAUUCACCCAGUAUUUACUCGACUCGUAAUGGUGACAAGGUUUUACCCGAAAGGCCGUUUGUUUGUUUUCAUGCAGCGCGGAGCGGUAAAAAUAUUUUGAUUGUCGCUUUAGAGAUCGCCCAAUUGACCGUCAGGUUGUCUCGUCACGAGGGGUUAUCACUGCCUAAAAUUGUGUACCACAAAUACUGUUACUGUCUACCAUGGACUAUUUUUGGAAAAGUAUUUUCCCCCAUUUUCCUGUUGUUUUUUUU